AUGGAAGAUUCUUCCGGAGGGAAGCUCUUGAGCGAUGCGGAGAAGGAAAAGUUGAAGGAAAAAUUAGCGUUCUUGAAAAGAGAAUACAGCAAGACACUAGCCCGCCUGCAGCGUGCCCAAAGAGCUGAGAAACUUAAGAAUUCCAGUAAGAAAAUAGUGGGAGAACAUGACUGCUUGUUCCAGCAGGAAAUUUUAUCACAGCUAAACCUUUCAGAACCUAAAAAUACAGCAUCUCCUUGUGAUCCAUUACAAACCAAUACUGUUCUUGAUGAAGAAACUGGAGAAAGGACACCUGUCACUCUUGACGUUGACCCAGAAUCCCUUACCCCUGACAAUGGUCCUGUGGAAGAAUUUUAUCUACAGAGAACAGAUGUGAGCCAAGAACAUUUUUUCUACAGAGACAGUGUCCUUGAUGGUGAGAAAACUCAGGGUAAGCUGCCAGGGAGGAAGAAGCAGCAGCAGAAGAGAACAUUAACCUCAAAGGAGGGACACACUAUCUUUGAUGCUGAGUCUUUUGUACUCUCUGAAGGAAGACUAAAGAGACAGGGAGAAAUCAAUAGGGACAAUCCUAGGACCCCAGUAAGUGAAAAAAUAACUUGCCUUUUAACUCCUAAGUAUGACAUUCCAGAUUGUCCUGUAGCACUCACAGAAGCUGAUAGAGAGGGGGUGUUUAUGUCAUCAACUGCCAAGCCCCAUUUGGCCCUACGAAAAGGAAAUCCUUUUCCCAGGGGGACUUCACUUCCUUUGCAUUCUUCAUUAGAUAGUAGUAGUCAACACAAUCUAUCAAAAGGCAACUGUGAACUGGCUGCGCAAAGUGUUUUGAAAAACAUGACAAUCUUUAAAGAUAUCCCAGAGAUAAAUAAAGGUGAAUAUACAAAUAACCAGAUGUCCAGAUGUCUUCACUUAGAGACAGGCAGCUUACCUUCUAUAAAUGAAAACACCUCUGAUAAUUUAUUGGCACAUGAAAACCAAAACUUAAGUGAACAUCACACAAUGGCAUCUGUAGAAUCUCCCAGUAACAGCCUGAAAUACAGAAAUGGGUGUCUUGAAGAACAGAUGGUUGGAAGUCAGUCUGAGAUUAUCAGUCCUGAAGGAACUGCUCCUAUUUCUGAAGAAAAUCAAGCACAUUCUUGCACAGUGAUUGAAGGACUUCUCUUUCCUGCAGAAUAUUACGUUAGAACAACGCGACACAUGUCAGAUUCCCAGAGGAAAGUUGCCCUAGAAGCUGUAAUCCAAAAUCAUUUAGGUGCCAGAAAGAAAAAUUUGAAAAAUAAAAAGGAAGCAACUGAAAAUGUAAGUCUUGCCUCUGAAGAAACUGAACACAGUGGAACUGGGAUACUUGCUCCAGGCAUGGACCAAUCAAAUUCAAACAGACCUCAGAUACUUCACUCCUUAAAUCUAGUCAGGUCGACCCUGGGAUCCACUGAAGAUGGCCUUUCAAAGAAGUUAGUGUCUCAGCCUUUGGGUGGAAAACACAGAGGAAAAAGUAAGUCAAGUGUCUCCUCUGCAUUAGAUCGUCAUAAACUACUUUUGCCAACUUCUGACAGUUCUCUUGCUGCUAGAUCCAAGGAACAAGUUCCCUUCAUUAUCAUUGAUGUUAUUACAGUGACCAGGGUCAUGCACUUGGCCACUGUGCUCUCUGAGGCAGGGAAAGAAGUUUGUGAUCAAAAAGAGGAUUCUCUGUGUCCUGAUAAUGCAUACUUACCUUUGGAUAAUAGUGCCUUCAGUACUCCAUUUCUUAGGAAUGAAAAGCAAAUUUUAAAGCAUCUGUCAUCUUUUCUCAAAGUCAGAGACUUUGAGUUACCUGAUGCGGAUUUCAGACUUCUUAAACUUGAAAAACUAAAGUCCUGCCCAAAAAAGCCAGGGAAACUUUUUGAAUCAAAGUAUCAAGAAAGGCGUCUUAAUCGUAAGGAGGAAAACAGGGUGGCUAUGGAGGAACACACUCCUAAACCGGUAGAGAUGGAAGAUUUAGAGGAGAUCAUUCCACCAAGAAAUGCACGGCACAAACUGUCAAAUCCGAAAACCCAGCCUAAGCACGGGGACCUCUCUUCAUCGGUUCUACUUUUCACUCCCAUAAACACUACUGUACUGGAUGAUAGUGACAAGCCAACCAUGAGUCUGUGUUCGCCCACUUUCCCCAUCUUAGGUACCACGCCAGCUUCGUGCUCCCCAGAACACUGUGAAAAACUGUCUGCAUCUGCAGACGGUAUGCAGAGGAGCUGUAAAUCCUGCCUUUCUCCCACAAAUACCAUAAGCAGUCUUUAUGAGGAUGGUAAACAGUGCACCAGGCAGACCAGCCCACGGAAUUUAGGUAGCAACAUGGGCGGGUCAGAGUGGAAAGGAUGGCCCGCCUGUGAUCCAGGUCCUCAAGCUGUGUUAGCCGUGUGCGAAGAAAAUCCACUCAGGAAUCUAUACCAGGAAUCACAGACAAAAUCCACUGAGCAGACUGAACUAGAAGGCCGUCCUUCAUAUGAUAACUUAAAACCAGGCAGCCUGCAGUUAGUUUCAAAGCUAAAGCAUCCUUCAGGUUCAUGCUCUGUGGAUGUGAGUGCUGUGUGGUGGGAAAUAGCUGGUGUCAAAGAGCCAUGUAUAAUAACAGCUUGUGAAUACCUAGUUUCUCUGUGGAGGCCCCUGGAUACUUUGCAGUGGGAAAAAAUGUAUUCCUGGCACUUCACCGAGGUUCCAAUAUUACAAAUAGUUCCAGUGCCUGGUGUUUGUAGUCUUGUGUGUAUGGCUUUGGGAAAUUUGGAAAUCACAGAAAUCAGGGCAUUAUUUUAUUCCUUGGAUGACACAAGUGAAAAGCAAAUACUAUUGAGUUCUGGGAAUAUCAAAGCUGUACUUGGCCUGGCAGAGCGGAGACUUGUCAGUAGCUGUGGGACCCAUUGUGAUCAGCAAGUAGAAGUCAUGACAUUUUCCGAAGAUGGAGGAAGCAAGGAAAAACAAUUUUUGAUGUCCCCUGAAGAGACCAUAGUAACUUUUGCUGAGGUCAAAGGGAUGCCAGAAGCCCUGCUUGGUUCCACUAUAAUGAACAACAUUGUGAUUUGGAAUUUAAGAACUGGCCAACUUCUGAAAAAGAUGAGCAUUGGCGAUGCCUACCAGGCCUCAGUCUGUCACAAAGCCUAUGCUGAAAUGGGGCUCCUCUUUAUCGUUCUGAGUCAUCCUUGUCCCAAAGAGAGUGAGCGCACGGGGAACCCUGUGUUCCAGCUGAUUGUGAUCAACCCUAAGACAACCCUGAAUAUGGGGGUGAUGCUCUACUGUCUUCCUCAGGGGCAGGUGGGAAGGUUCCUGGAAGGUGACGUGAAAGACAAUUUUGCAGCUGCUGUCUUGACUUCAGGCAAAAUUGCCAUUUGGGAUUUACUUCUAGGGCAUUGCACUGCUCUCUUGCCCCCUCUUUCUGACCAAAAUUGGUCCUUUGUUAAAUGGUCAGGUACAGACUCUCACUUGCUGGCUGGACAAAAAGAUGGGAAUAUAUUUGUGUACCGUUACUAA